AUGGUGCUCAUAUUCCUGGCGAGCUACAGGACCGAGAUCCUGGUCCAGUCGCUCGAGGAACUCGGCAAGGGUUGGAGACUUUCCACGCGUUUUGAAAAGCUGCACCAUCUCCACGACCAACUCGUCGACGCCGCGAUGCCCGCCAGAAGCUUCGCGGAUGAGUGCAUCCAGGCGAAUCCAGAAGACGAGACCACUGUAGUACGCUUGGGCUCGGUAGUUCAUCUCGUCGACAACGCCGUGCUCAUCGAGCAAGCCUAG